CACACGGGGGUCCCUCUCCCAGAGACUGCUCCGUGUGUCCCAAACCUGCCACAUUCCCACUUUCCACCCCUUUCUGUCUCCAGGAUUUUUCCCAGGACCCUCAAGCCCCAGCACCUCUUCUCUCCAGUUUGGGGGUGUCCCCCCACCCGUGACACCCCCCAAAGAUGAAAACCUGGAUCAGCAGUUCGGACCAAAGCCUGGAAUUUUUCAUCCCGUUCCUGGAAAAAUACCACUGCCCUGUUCUGGGGCGCUGCUGCCAGACCUGCACCCCCAGGAGCUGGGUUGGAUUCUGUGCCGAGGAUCUCUCCGCUCUUGGAUUCCGUGACAUCAGCCGUGUGACGGAGAGGGACACACGGUUCCGAGGGUGGCUGGUCCGGAGGGUCUGCGGAUUCCUUGCGGCCUGGGAAUGGAAAAUUCCAGCAGAGACCCCCAGGGAGCUGCCAGCGAAGAUCUGCAGCAGCAGGAGGGUGCAGGAUGUGUCCACCAGCUGGGCCCGAGGAUCCCAAGGGGAUGAGGGAUCCCGGCGGCACUGGAAGGAGGAGAUCUGCCGGAUCCUGGGGGAAAUCCAGGCCCCACUGUCCCCUCUCCUGCUGAGGCUGUGCCACUGGAUGCUGCCCAAGCUGCUGAGCCGUCUGUUCCUGAGUGUGCAGCUGCAGUGGGGGCAGCUGGAGAUGGUGCUCCGGGCUGCCAGGACGCCCGAGGUGCCGCUGGUGUUCCUGUGCACCCACCAAUCCCAGCUGGAUGGGCCGCUCCUGUCCUUCCUCCUCCUCUCGCAGGGAAUCGGGGCCCCCAGGGUGACGGUGGGCGCCUGGACCAGCCCUGGCCUCCGAUCCCUGCUCCAAUGCCUGGGAGGGAUUUUCCUGCCUUCGGGAAUGGCGCAGUCCUGGAGCGAGCGGGAUGAGGGGCUGCCGGGCGCUGUGCUGGAUGCGUACGUGCAGGAGGUGCUGCGGAGCCACCAGCCCCUGGUCAUCUUCCUGGAGGAGCCGCCGGGUUCGCUGCGGCUCUCGGCUCCCGCCUGGCGCUGGCUGCUCCGUGUGCUGCGGGCGCUGCGGGACGGAGCCGUGCCCGACGUCCACAUCAUCCCCGUGGGAAUCGCCUAUGACGUGGCUCCUGGCGGAGUGGGGAGGGCUGGAGCGCCCCCUCAGCCCCUCGGGAUCGCCGCGUGUCUCCGGGCAGCAUUCCAGGCCCUGCGCCGGCACCGUGGCUGUGCCCGGGUGGAUUUCUGCCAGCCCUUCUCCUUACGGGAAUUUGUGGAGAACAACCUCGUCGGGCCGAUGCUCACCAGGAAUCGGCCAGAGCAGCUGCUGCUUCCCACCAUCCUCGGCACGUGCGGGCCGGAUGUCGGGAAUGUGGGGACUUUGGGUCCCGGUGUGGGGACAGAAGAGGAGAUUUUGGUGACGGCGCUGGGGCUGCACGCACUGAGCGAUUCCAGCGCCUGCUCCGCCAUCAUGGCUGUGGGAAUCACCGCGGCGCUGCUGCUCCACAGGCACCGGGAGGCCGUGCUGCUGCCCUGGCUGAUGCGGGAUUUCUCGUGGCUGCUGGAGCAGCUCCUGCUGCGGGGCCGGGCCGUGGGGUUCUCCGGGCAGCUGCGGGCGCUGGUGCUGCACAGCCUGCGGCAGCUGCAGCCCCCCGGGGCCGGGCUGGGGCCCCCCGAGGCCUCGGCACGGGGGCGGCUGGGGCGGCUGGCGGGGACCGUCCGGCAGCGCCUGGGCGGGGAGGCGGCGGGGGCCUGUGCCAUCCGUGCCCUGCUGCUGGAGGUGCUGCCGAUCCUGGGACCCCCCAGCCCUGCUGGGAUUGUGCUGAGCCGGGAGGAGCUGCUCCGCAAGAUCCUGGAGGUGCUGCUGCUGCUGCCCCCCACCCUGCUGGGGCUGCAGCCCUGCCAGCCCCCCGAACGCCACAGCCUGGACAUCCUGGACAAGCUCGUCCUUGGGGGGCUGCUGGAGGAGGAGGAGCCCGAGAGCGAGUGCAGGGGCUGCGAUGUGGCCCCCCGACCCUCGUCCCGGGGCCAUUCCUGGUGGGACUUCAGCGAUGACAGCGACAGUGACAGCCAGGACAGGGUCCCCAAGCGCUGCUACAAGCUCAGCGAGCCCCAGGGCUUCCCCGGCUUCCUCCUCUUCCUGUGCCGCCUCCUGAGCCCCGUCCUGCGGAGCUACGGCCGGGCUGCGGAAUUCCUGGAGAGACCCCCCUGGCCCCAGCCCGAGGCAGACUACGUGGAGGCGCUGCUGGAAUUCCUGGAUGAGGAUGAGGAUGGUGAGUCGAGGUGGGGGGUCUCGCUUUUGGGGCAGUGCCCCCUAGACCGGGCUGGGGGUGCCCUCGGGAUUUCUCUCCCCACAGGGUAUCCUGACAGGAGCCUGGCCCUGAGUUCCCUGCAGAGCUUCAAGGACAUGGGGGUGCUGGAGGAGCUGCAGACCCCCACUGGACCCCUCCUCCAGCUCUCCCAGCCUUUCCAGUCUGCUUCCAACCGGGAGAAGCUGAGAGCUUUCAUCCACCAGUUCACGCAGUUGUAACCCUACCCCUGAGUCAUAAAUGGGGCACAUUUAUGUGCCUCAUCGAUUUAUUGACCCUGUAAGGGGGUGGAGGUUCUGCCUCUCCUUCCCUCACCUGGGAUGGAAAACUUCAUCAUUUCUGGUGAUGGUGCACAAGACAGCUCCAACCACCACGUUUCCCCCAGCCCUCCUCUGCUCACUCACAGCAGCUCCAGUUUUCAGUAAAAACCUUGGGAUAAAUCAAACUCUCUAACUUUCUAAGUUUUAGAAAGCAGGCAUUAGUUUAUUCACAUUGCUGGGGUGCAUGGGGAUACCUCCACCCAACAUGCCCACCCACUUUCAAAACUUUACAUUAUUUAUACAAUUUUAGCAAACAAAUUCAUGUUCAUUGGUUAUGUUACAUAAUUCUCUUAAUUAAGUAGUAUUCUAUAUUCUAUUGGUUAUUAAUUUCUCACUUCUCAUGCUAAUUAGUCCACAUUUUCCAGUCUUUUUAUUAUCCUUUUCCCAGAUAGGGAGUGUUUCAGUAGAUUGAUUCUGAAUUCUCUUUGUUAGUUUCUUCAUAAUCUCUAGUUCCUGCAACAUGUUCUUGUAGUCUAUAAAUUUUGAAUUCCUGGUGUCCAGUUCUCAGCAACUUAUCUCUCCCCCAGGCUUUGUUCAUCAAAGCAUAUCAAAGUUGGUUUAGCAAAACUUAAAGUUCCAGUGAUUUUCCCAAACUAGUUUCUAACAAUAGCAGCUUUAAAAAAACCCUUGCUAUGUGCUGGCUAAAGUGGAAAAUCGCACUGCUCCUGAUUAAUUAAAACAGUUAAUUAG